CUCAGGAUGCCCCUGCGGAGCCGGGGCGCUGGGCAGGAGCAGGUCGCCGGGGCGCCCCCGGCUCCGCGCCCUCGGAUUAGCUGCAGCUCACACCCAGGGAUUUGAAGCUGGACCCCGCGUGGGACCGCCCCAUCUCCGGCCUCUGACAGAGCGGCGGCCCCGCGGCCAAGAUGCUCCCGAAAGGUCACUAUGUGAAGUUGUUCCUGGUCCUUUGCGGUCUGGAGCUCCAGGCGGGCGUGUGCUGCCCGGUGGACUGCGUGUGCUACCCCGCGCCCAUGACGGUCAGCUGCCAGGCGCACAACUUCGCCGCCAUCCCCGAGGGCAUCCCCGAGGACAGCGAGCGCAUCUUCCUGCAGAAUAACCAGAUCGGCUUCCUGCUCCCCGGCCACUUCAGCCCCUCCAUGGUCACCCUGUGGAUCUACUCCAACAACAUCACCUUCAUCGACCCCGACACCUUCCGAGGCUUCGUGCACCUGGAGGAGCUGGACCUCGGGGACAACCGGCACCUGCGGACCUUGGCGCCGGAGACCUUCCAGGGCCUGGCCAAGCUGCACGCGCUCUACCUGUACAAGUGCGGCCUGGGCUCCCUGCCCGCCGGCAUCUUCGGCGGCCUCCACAACCUCCAGUAUCUCUACCUGCAGGACAAUCACAUCGAGUUCCUCCAGGACGACACCUUCGUGGACCUCGUCAACCUCAGCCACUUGUUCCUCCACGGCAAUAAACUCUGGAAACUCACCCAGAACACCUUCCGGGGCCUGGUCAACCUGGACCGGCUGCUCCUGCACGAGAACCAGCUGCAGCUGGUGCAGCCGCGGGCCUUCCACGACCUCCAGAGGCUCACCACCCUGUUCCUCUUCAACAACAGCCUCUCGGAGCUGCAGGGGGACUGCCUCACCUACCUGGGGGCCCUGGAGUUCCUGCGGCUCAACGGCAACCCCUGGGACUGCGGCUGCCGGGCCCGCUCCCUGUGGGAAUGGCUGCGGAGGUUCCGCGGCUCCAGCUCCAGCGUGCUCUGCGCUUCCCCCGAGCCCAUGCAGGGCCGGGACCUGAAGCUGCUCCAGGCCCAGGACUUCAGGAACUGUACGGGGGCUGAGUCUCUGCACCAGCUCAAAUCCCACACCCUCAGCACCACGGACCGGGCGGCCCGCAAGGAGCACCACCCUGCCCACGGCGGCCCCAAGGAGAAGGGCUCCCAGCACGGCCUCCACGGCCACCAGCCCGGCUCGCGCCCGGGCUCCCGGAAGCCCGGAAAGAACUGUACCAGCUACAGAAAUCGGAACCAGAUCUCCAAGCCCGGGCCCGGGGGGACCCGCAAAAACGGCCACGAGGUCCAGGACUACGUGCCCGACUACCACCACAAGUUCGGCUUCGACAUGAUGCCCACGGCCCGCCCCAAAAAGAAGGGCAAAUGCGCCCGGAGGACCCCCAUCCUUUCGCCCAGCGGGGUGCAGCAGGCCUCCAGGGGCAGCGCUCUCAGGGCCUCCCUCCUGGCCUGGAUCCUGGUGCUGGCGGUCACCCUGCGCUGAGAGCUGGGGAGGGCAGCUGGCGCGGGGCACUGCCACCUAUCUACAAAGGAACAGAAUUUCUUUUUUCUUUUUUUCUACACGGAGGAUUUGCCGGUUCCGGGGAAAGCAUGGCGGAGGCUUUGGUCGGUCUCCGUCCACAGCCCAGUGGAUUAUCCAGCCCAAACUGUACAGCACCCACGUUGGAAGGGGAUUAGAGGCAUUAUCAACCCAGCUGUCACAAAUGGCCCUGUCCGAGCACCCACUGAAACUGCCAACCCAAGUCAGGAGAUUAAAAAAAAAACAUAAAAAAAAAAAAAAAGACACAAGCUAAUCCUUCAUUAGCAACAACUGGACAAACACACAGACAGGAGCUGUGUUCUCUACAAAACCCUGUAAUUUUAAAGGGGUCUGAAAGACCCCCACCCUUCUGGGACGGAGCAAGACAUCGCCGAGAGAAAUGAGCGGGACCCGGAAGUCCUGAGCGGGUCCGCACCCCCUGUGGGCGAUCCUCGGACCCCCUCUGGCCCCGAGGGGUUCAGGCCUCGCACUUUUCCUGUGUCUCAGGCAACACUGGCCUAUUAGCUGGAACGCUGGGCUCCCGAGGAGCCGACUACCAAAGGAAAGAUUGUGGGAGGCCCGGAUUCAGAACUUCCCCGGGAGCAAUGAGGCUCUUGCAGAAGGUGGGGCUUCCUAACUGUUCACUUAUAUAUAUACUCUCUCUCUUUCUAUAUAUAUAAAUGCACAGGCCCUCCCCCUUCAGUUAUCGAACUGUACAUCUUAUAUCAUGUUUAUAAACUAUAUGGAAAUGAUACCUGCUGAAACUAAGGAUUGUAUUGGUGAAUUUUUAGUGGGGGAAAAAGUUCUAUGAAUUUUUUUUUUUUUUGGUCUAGAAAAACUUGGUAGCCAUACUUAUCAAACCUGACCCUGGCUCUGUCCAAGGUUGGGGGGGGGGGGAUUGUGGAGGGACUGGAAGGUGGUAAGAGGCACUUCAGGGGACCAAUGUUCUUAGUGGCUUAGGGCACUUUUUAUAUGCAAUGAAUUCCCAUCUACCUCCCCUCCCCCCAACGCCCCCUCACACCUCCUGGAGCAACUUCUGUGCCCGAGGAGGGGAAAGAAAAUCCAACAGCUUGUGGGCUUCCUAAUGAACCAGGCCCCUAGGGAAGGAACAGAGUGAGGAGGGGGAAAGGAAAAGGCUUGUUUUGUUUAUAAGCUGAGGAGUGAAGCCGUUUUAAACAGUGUUAGUCCAACAGGUGUGGACAGUGUAGCUAGCCUAGAAUUCACCAAUGAGUGGAGCAAGAGAAGAGGAACAUAAAGACUCAUCCCCAAUCGUUAACUCAAACCCAACUGGUGACUCUCCUUAAGACUCGGGAAGAAAAAAGAAUCAUACAGGAGGGCAGGGAAACCAUCAGUGUCCUAAGACACAUCAUUAUCCAGCAUCACUGUGCUAAGUCCUGGGAAGGGAGCGGAGAAAGGCAAAUAUGGUCCCUGCCCUCAAGGAGCUUACUUUCUAUUGGGGAGGAGAAAAUGCAAAUAACAUUUAAGAUGAGUAAGUCCUGGGAGUCAUCUUGGAGGGAAGGUUCUAGUAGUAGCGGGGACCUAGCACUCAAGGGGUCCCUGCAGGAUAGAGGAGGGGCCUUCACUCUUACCCUGCUUGGGAGUCAUGUCUCCUGAUUAACAGACUAAGGAGAUUUUAGAAUCAGGAAUACAGAAUGGAAAAAUCUGCCAUAGCUAAGAGAUGGGGAAAGGAAUAAAAAGUAGGAUAACUGUACAUUUAAGAUGAGUAAGUCCUGGGAGUCAUCUUGGAGGGAAGGUUCUAGCAGUAGCGGGGACCUAGCACUCAAGGGGUCCCUGCAAGAAAGAGGAGGGGGCCUUCACUCUUGCACUGCUUGAGGGCUAUGUCUCCUGAUUAACAGACUAAGGAGAUUUUAGGAUCAGGAAUACAGAAUGGAAAAACCUGCCAUAGCUAAGAGAUGGGGAAAGGAAUAGAAUGAGGAUGGAGCCUGAGGGUCCAUUUCUAUCCUUGACCCCAGCACCCGGUGGAAGCGUCCCCCUACCACCUUAGCAUAGCCCCCCCUCCCCAUCACCACCCUGUCCCCGCAACAUGAGGGUUGAUGAUAUUUUUUCUGCAUUUUGCACAAACAGCAAACACAAAUUUCCCCAUCAGUGAGGGUGUGAGAGGAAAGAAACACUGAAUCCAAUUAGGGAGAGAAAAACAAUAAAAAAAAUUUAUCUUGGACAAGAAA